AUGAAGAGUCAUGGAGUGGAGUCUGACUGUGAUGAAUUUAUUUGUGGUAAAUGUGCCAAGACAGACCACACAGAUCACGAAUGGAGCACUAUACCCACGGCAGCCAACCAAAGGAGGAGAGGUCUACUUAAAUUUCUUAAAAAGAUCAAGGAAGAGGAUCUCCCUGUGAUUGAUGAGAAGAUAGAAAAGAUUCCACAACAGAUCAUAGAAAAUAAAGAACUGUGUGAAACUGAGAUUAAAAAGCUUCAAAAACAUUACGAUGAGACACUGAACAGGCUAUUCGAAAUCAGAAAAUGCCACGGAAAAACACUGAGAGGCAAUUUGGUUAAAAAGAAUGAUCAACUAAAUUGUAUGAAAUAUGAAUUAGAGAAGAAGAAGAGAGGCAUUGUUGACAGAGUGGAAUUCAUGGAGGAAAACAACAGCACCAUGUCAGAUUACAGUUUCAUUGAUAACUACAGAGAACUGACAAAAAUGCUGUCUGAAUUGGAGUUUCAUACAAAAAACUGUAAACAUUCAGUGAGGUUCAGUAGAGGUGAAAUCAAUGUUGGCUUACUUGAGUCUUUGUUAGGAAAAACUUGGGAUAUAGAUAAUAUUGAUGUGACUCAUAAAAAAUCAUUUCAAUAUGGUGAUAAAGCAAUAUCUGCUUUGGAGACUUUCACUAAAAAUCAAUGCUACAUUUGUGAACAUCAGUCUAAAAUUAUAGAAAAAGUAAACAUGGAAGGUACCAAAAAACAUAGAUUUAGUGUCAACUCGCCUACUUAUGACAUGUGUGUGACUGAUUACGGUGAUGUUUAUUUCACUGACUAUUGUAACAAGUCAAUCAGCUGUCUGUCACCAUCAGGAUCUGUGUCUACAGUCGUCAGUACAGAUCCACUGGAACCAGGAGGAAUCUGUCAGUCUGUGGGCGGUGGACUACUGGUCACCUUAAGUAGCAAGGAAGCAGAUCCUUUCAAAUUACAGUCACACAGUAGACGUGUGGUGAGACACAUCACAGUGACAGGUGACGUCAUUCAUGAGUAUGAGUACCAGGAGGACGGUCACACCAGACUGUUUACAUAUCCAGUUAGAGUCAUACAGAAUAGUGACUUUGAUAUCUGUGUUGUGAACAGUACAAGUCUGACUACAGGUGAUCUGGUUAUUAUGUCUCCCUUUGGUCGUGUGAAAUUGAUAUACCGUGGGCAGAACCUGACAGAGAAAUUUUGUCCAGUUGAUAUAGUGUGUGACUCUCUCUGUAACAUCCUUGUUACCGACUUAUUAAACAAACAGAUCCAUCUGCUGAGCUUUGACUGUGAGUUUUUAAAAUUCUUACUGACAGAGAAUGAAGUGAACUCUCCAUACUCACUUUCUCUAUACGAGUCUACUCUGUGGAUAGGAUACUUGGAAGGACUUGUUAAAGUGUAUCAAUUCAAAGUGUAG